AUGCGGGACGAAUGGUCCUCAUUAGGUAACGUGAAGAUAAAUGAGGAUGCAACUCUGAGAUUACAUUCUCCUCCCUCCUCUUCUCCCUCCUACCUCACCUCCUCCUCUCACUGUCACUGCGCUUCCCACACAGAGUUGGGUGUUUUUACACCCUCACCCUCCUCUAGUCUUAUUCUUUCUUCUCAAGACACAAUGAGAUUAACAGCACUGUGUGUGUGUGGGACCCUGCUGGCCUUCUCGAGCCUCCCUUGGAUCAGAGCCGAGGAAGGAGUCCUCCUGGGUGAUUGUGGAUUUGGACCCUGCGCUGCAACUUUGAAACCAGAGGGAGCAUGCAGACAGGGGCAACAUGGGAGCACGUGCCCGUACCUGUUAAGCCUGCCGCCACUGACUGUUCAUUUGCCACAUCUCAGAGAGCUGGAAGAUAUCAUGCAGGACCUGCAGAAACUGAAGGACAGCGUUGAUGAGCUGAGGAAGAUGUGUGCAGGUUGUGAGAGCCACAAUGACAGAAGGUGUGGAAGGCAAACAGAAAGAGAGCAUGACAAGCAGACGGAAGGUAAGAGUACACGCGCAGAUGUGAGGAACUGGAUGAAUGUGAGACCAGAGACCGAAAGAGAUUUCAAUCUCGAGUGUGGAAAUGAUGCCGUAAAGGUGGAGAAGACAGACACAGAAAAGAGGGUGAUCCUGGAAGAGGAAGAAAGACACAAAUGGGAAACAGACAGAAAGGGCAACAAAGGAGCUGUAAAAGAAAAAGAGAGGGAAGAAAGCCUGUCAGAAGUGAGAGCAAAGGAUGGAAAACCAAAAGGAGAUGGUGCAAGAGGAAAAGAUGUCUCGGACCAGAAAAGGACGCCAACUGCUGGUGGAAACACGAGAACAGUCGAUGUGACAAGUGAGAAUGUUUUUGAGACAGAUCACAGGGAGGUGGACAGAAUCAAAGAUGCACUUAAAGGAAACUUGAAGGGGUUUCAAGAGGAUAAGCUGGAGAGCGAAGAUGAAAAAAAGACACUGACUAACGUGAAAAACAAGGAGAAAACUAAAGAAGAAAGCAACAUUCAUGUUUGGCAAGAAGACAUAAACAAAACAAGCAGAACUGAAGCCGGCGAUAAAACCAAGCUGUCCGAGAAUCGUGGAGAUCAUACAAAUGAGGAGCAAGAGGAACAGGAGGGCGAGACAAGGGAGGAAAUGGAAACGGGAAUAAUAGUGGGCCGGAAUAACGAGAACCCAAAACAGACUGAGAGCACUGGGCGCUCAGGAAAAGAGAAGACUUUAAAAGAGGGGGAGGUGGAUGACAAAGACAGGGAGAUUAAAGCAGAGAGUGUGCAGAGAGACGGUGAUGGAGAAUUAUCCUCCAGAAAAACAACUGAAAGGACAGACUUUUUUCCGAUCAGCCCAACUCCUCUUUCUAUAACGAGAUCAACUUCAAGGCUGGACCCAAGCAAAGUUACAACCUUGACAUCAUCUCUUCCAUCACCUUCUUUCCCUAGCUUUACUUUAAGCUCAAUCACAGAUGUCAGUCAUGAAAGCAAAGGUGUUUAUGGACUAACAAAAAGCUUGAGCCACAGAGCAGGCGAUACUUCUAAGACCCAAGGCACCGAUGUAACAACAGCUACAGGAACAACAGCAACAACAACAACAGAGCAACCUAGCACAGGUUCACGGGGUCACGAAAGGUCAACUACAACAACUCAUCAAACCUUACGUGUGACUGCAUCACCAAACGUUACUGAUCGCAGCCGCUGGACACCUAAAAAGAACAUCAGUUCCAACAUAAGGAGUGUUGAGGAAUCUCCACCAGGCCCAGGACUGAAGCCUGGUCAAAAGAUCAAACCCGAAAUUAAGCCUGAAGCAGAACAAAAGCGCAAAAAUCUAAAGAAUGACCAUAAACCUAACCAAGCUCCCAUUCCUGACAAGAAAACGAAAUACAAUCAAAAGCAGAAGUCUGCUCCUCACAAACCUACAUCUGAGAAACCUAAAACUGGCAGGGACCCAAAACAAACCCACAUUACCAAACCCAAUCGAAGGGCUCCUCCUUAUAUUUUAGUACCCAAUAAAAACCAGAAAAACAAUUUAACACGCCAACAUGACCUGACGCUUCGAAACAAGCUACAGUUUCAUAAACCAAAACCUCCUCAAAGGCCUCCAACUUCUGUUCAAAUCCCUCAGCCUGUAAACUCAACACAUUCAGAGGGACAUCCUUUAGGCAACAAAGACCUCGAGUCAGAUAAAACUCCAGAUGUUGAUCAAAACUCAAAACCUGAGAAAAAAUUAAUUCAUCCUUUUAAAACAAACAAGCCUGACCAAAAGAAAAAAACUGAGAAAACACUGGAAAGUGAAGAAAAAACAAAACUGGAUGACAAGACUGAACAAAUCUCCAGUUCUGCACAAAGGACAUCAACGAGAACUGAAACAGAACAUUUGACACCAAAACCAAAUCAAAAGCAUCAAACUGAAUCAGCGGAGAUAACUGGUGAAAAUGCUUCACAAGAACCCAAAUCCAAACCAGAUUCAACAGCUGGAGCUGAAGUGACACCUCACAGAGUUCAUUCAACCUCCGAUGGGAUGAAAAAUUUCAGUCAAGAAAUUACAGGAAUGAAGCCUGAAUCUAAUAGAGAAUUGGUUACAUCUCAAAUGAAACAAAAGCCUUUAAGUGAGUCAGUGAGAAAUUCUGAUAAAAAUCAUUCACAGAAGUCUGAAUCGAAGCCAGGUUUGAAACUUGGACAAAAAUUGAUUUCUGGUCGAGUUAAUGCAACUUCUGAUCAGAUAAAUCACUCUAGCCAGGCAAUUGCUGAAAUUAAACACAAUCUCAAUCCCACCAAAGCGCCUAAAGGUGAAACUGUUUCAUCAAAACCUGACCAAAAGCUUUUGGGUGCGAACAAAUCUGUUGAAAAUCCCUCACAGGUGGCUAAAUCUAUACGAGAUUUAACGCCUGAACAGAAAAUAACAAUUAGCAGAGUUCAUGAGACCUCUGAUCAGAUGAAUCAGGCCAGCAUGGAAACUACAGAAAUUAAGCAUAAACCUGAACGCAUCCAAGAGCCUGGAUCUAAAAGGGAAACAGCUACAUCCAAACCUAAUGAAAAGCAUUCAGCAGAUAAUGUGGAAACAUCUGAUGGAAAUCCCAUCCAGGAGCCUGGAUAUCAAGUUAAUGCAACUCCUGAUAGUAUUCCUGAAUCAAAUAAAACAAUUCUAGACAUUAAAGUUGAAAAGGAAACAACUCCAUCUAAACCCAAUGGAAAGCCUCUAACAAUAGACACAUCUAUUCAAAGUCUUUUACUUGAACCUACAUUUAUUCCAGAAUUAAUGCCUGAAAAGAAAAUUACAUCUGAUGAAGUUAAUGCCUCUUCUGGUCAGACUAAUGAAUCUACUCAGGGGGUGAUUGGAAAACAACCUAAACCCAGCCACCAGCCUGAAUCUGAAAGUGAUACAACUACAUCUCAACCUGAUCAUGUGUUUUCAACUGAGUCUGUGAAAAGAUCAGAGAAAUAUUCCUACAAGGAGCCAGAAUCCAAUACAGACAUGCAGUCAGGACAGAAAAUCACACUUGAUCAAGUCAAUGCGACCUUCAAUCAGAUGAAUACAUCUAAACAGGAAAUCCCCAAAAUUAAACACAAACCCAAGUUGGUUCAAAAGCCUGAAUCUAAAAAUGAAGCAGUAACAUCAAAACCUGAUCUGAAACUUUUAACAGUGGAAAUGACUGAUGAAAAUUCUUUGAAGGAGCAGGAAUUCAAUCCAGACAUUAAAUCUGAAAAGAGACCGCCUUUUGAUCAAGUUAACAGAACCUCUGAAAGACCUGAUCAGAUUAAUACAUUGAUCCAAGAAAGACCAGAUCAGAUUAAGAAAUCGAUCCAAGAAAGACCUGAUCAGAUUAAGAAAUCGAUCCAAGAAAGACCCGAUCAGAUGAAUAAAUCGAUCCAAGAAAGACCUGAUCAGAUUAAGAAAUCGAUCCAAGAAAGACCUGAUCAGAUGAAUAAACCGAUCCAAGAAAGACCUGAUCAGAUUAAGAAAUCGAUCCAAGAAAGACCUGAUCAGAUGAACAAAUCGAUCCAAGAAAGACCAGAUCAGAUUAAGAAAUCGAUCCAAGAAAGACCAGAUCAGAUUAAGAAAUCGAUCCAAGAAAGACCUGAUCAGAUUAAGAAAUCGAUCCAAGAAAGACCUGAUCAGAUGAAUAAAUCGAUCCAAGAAAGACCUGAUCAGAUUAAUACAUUGAUCCAAGAAAGACCUGAUCAGAUAAACAAAUCGAUCCAAGAAAGACCUGAUCAGAUGAACAAAUCGAUCCAAGAAAGACCUGAUCAGAUGAAUAAACCGAUCCAAGAAAGACCAGAUCAGAUUAAGAAAUCGAUCCAAGAAAGACCUGAUCAGAUUAAGAAAUCGAUCCAAGAAAGACCUGAUCAGAUGAAUAAAUCGAUCCAAGAAAGACCUGAUCAGAUUAAUACAUUGAUCCAAGAAAGACCUGAUCAGAUGAACAAAUCGAUCCAAGAAAGACCUGAUCAGAUUAAGAAAUCGAUCCAAGAAAGACCUGAUCAGAUGAACAAAUCGAUCCAAGAAAGACCUGAUCAGAUUAAGAAAUCGAUCCAAGAAAGACCUGAUCAGAUUAAGAAAUCGAUCCAAGAAAGACCAGAUCAGAUUAAGAAAUCGAUCCAAGAAAGACCUGAUCAGAUUAAGAAAUCGAUCCAAGAAAGACCUGAUCAGAUGAAUAAAUCGAUCCAAGAAAGACCUGAUCAGAUUAAUACAUUGAUCCAAGAAAGACCUGAUCAGAUAAACAAAUCGAUCCAAGAAAGACCUGAUCAGAUGAACAAAUCGAUCCAAGAAAGACCUGAUCAGAUGAAUAAACCGAUCCAAGAAAGACCAGAUCAGAUUAAGAAAUCGAUCCAAGAAAGACCUGAUCAGAUUAAGAAAUCGAUCCAAGAAAGACCUGAUCAGAUGAAUAAAUCGAUCCAAGAAAGACCUGAUCAGAUUAAUACAUUGAUCCAAGAAAGACCUGAUCAGAUGAACAAAUCGAUCCAAGAAAGACCUAAUCAGAUUAAUACAUUGAUCCAAGAAAGACCUGAUCAGAUGAAUAAAUCGAUCCAAGAAAGACCUGAUCAGAUUAAUACAUUGAUCCAAGAAAGACCUGAUCAGAUGAAUAAAUCGAUCCAAGAAAGACCUGAUCAGAUGAACAAAUCGAUCCAAGAAAGACCUGAUCAGAUGAAUAAACCGAUCCAAGAAAGACCUGAUCAGAUUAAGAAAUCGAUCCAAGAAAGACCUGAUCAGAUGAACAAAUCGAUCCAAGAAAGACCUGAUCAGAUGAAUAAACCGAUCCAAGAAAGACCUGAUCAGAUUAAGAAAUCGAUCCAAGAAAGACCUGAUCAGAUGAACAAAUCGAUCCAAGAAAGACCUGAUCAGAUAAACAAAUCGAUCCAAGAAAGACCUGAUCAGAUGAACAAAUCGAUCCAAGAAAGACCUGAUCAGAUGAAUAAACCGAUCCAAGAAAGACCAGAUCAGAUUAAGAAAUCGAUCCAAGAAAGACCUGAUCAGAUUAAGAAAUCGAUCCAAGAAAGACCUGAUCAGAUGAAUAAAUCGAUCCAAGAAAGACCUGAUCAGAUUAAUACAUUGAUCCAAGAAAGACCUGAUCAGAUGAACAAAUCGAUCCAAGAAAGACCUAAUCAGAUUAAUACAUUGAUCCAAGAAAGACCUGAUCAGAUGAAUAAAUCGAUCCAAGAAAGACCUGAUCAGAUUAAUACAUUGAUCCAAGAAAGACCUGAUCAGAUGAAUAAAUCGAUCCAAGAAAGACCUGAUCAGAUGAACAAAUCGAUCCAAGAAAGACCUGAUCAGAUGAACAAAUCCAUCCAAGAAAGACCUGAUCAGAUCAACAAAUCCAUCCAAGAAAGACCUGAUCAGAUGAACAAAUCCAUCCAAGAAAGACCUGAUCAGAUCAACAAAUCCAUCCAAGAAAGACCUGAUCAGAUGAACAAAUCGAUCCAAGAAAGACCUGAUCAGAUGAAUAAAUUCAUCCAAGAAAGACCUGAUCAGAUUAAUACAUUGAUCCAAGAAAGAACUGAUCAGAUUAAUACAUUGAUCCAAGAAAGAACUGAUCAGAUAAACAAAUCGAUCCAAGGAAGACCUGAUCAGAUGAAUAAAUCCAUCCAAGGAAGACCUGAUCAUAUGAAUAAAUCCAUCCAAGGAAGACCUGAUCAGAUGAAUAAAUCCAUCCAAGGAAGACCAACAAUUAAAUACAGACCUAAACCUAUCCCAAAGCCUGAAUCUAAAAGUAAAACAGCAACACCAAAACACAAGCAAAAGCCUUUAACCAAGUUUGUGGGUAGCUCAGAUCAAAUUCCUCCACAUACACCCAAAUUUAAUCCAGAUUUAACACCUGGACAAAAGAUUACAUCUGAUCGAGGUACUGUUGUGCCUGAUCAGAUUAAUAAACCCAGGCUGGAAAUCAAAAUUAAAACCAAACCUAAACCAUCCCAGGAGCCUAAAUUUGAGAGUGAAACAGCUACAUCAAAGCCUUUAGCCGAAUUUGUGGAUGGAUCUGAAGAAAUUCCAUCAAAUGAACCCAAAUUGAAUCUAGAUUUAACACCUGAACAAAAAUUUCAAUCUAAUUUAAUUAAUGGUACGUCUGAUCAGAUUGAUAAACCCAGUCAGGAAAUCAAACAACAACUUAAGUCUACCCAAGACCCUGAAUCUAAAAGUGAAACUGCUUCAUCAAGAAAUGACCAGAAGACAGUCACCACUCACAAAUUACAAAAAGUUAUAUCCAAUCAAGAGUUAACAUCUGGACAAACACCUGCCUCUGGUCAAAAUCCUAAACAUGUUCAUAAUGUUUCUAGCAUUAACAAAAGACCUAAACCUGGUUCAGAACCAAAUCUUCCUCCAAAACAUCCAAAGGCUGAGAUGGGUUUAAAGCAUAAACCAGAUACAGACCCUAUGACAGUCCUCACACCACAAACUAACUCUAGCCUUAGAACACCCAGACCAGGCCAAAAACUCAACCUAAAGCCUGUAUCUCUAUAUGAAAAAAUUCCAACACCAGAGUCCAACAGAACCUCCAAACCAAGGCCUCCCUUUCGGUUCAGACCACCAUCCAGACACAUUGGCAAGCCAGGACCAAAACUCAUUCAAAGGCCAAAACAACCAAUACAACCAGCACCAAGUCCAAAGACAAAAACAGCUCUACACCCAUCCAAAACCAACGGGCUCCCUUCAGAAAACAUCCCAAACUCCCAAACUGAUGUGAAAUCUCCAUCUGACCUUGGAAAACUGAUUGCUGAAGUGACUCAUUCCCCAAGAGAGACAUCCAGCACCAGCACAAGAAAAACCCACAUGUUGGGUCCAAAGACCUCUAACAGCUUGAAUGCUGAACACCUCCCUCACCCUUACACAAACGCAGAAGACAUCAUGUUGAGUCCAAACAGCAGGACUGCGUCUGAUCUGAGGCCACAAACAGCCAGUCAGCCACCCUCUAUCCCAAUGACAACAAGACCAAACACAGUCUCCAGUGGGAUGCUCCGUCAUGUUUUCACUAGCACCAAUCCAGGACCCACGCAACAAAGUCCAGUUCCAAAAUCUGACUCCCUCAUAGAGACUAAAAUCCUUCAUUAUGUGAAGGAGACUGCACCUGAAACCACAGUCCUCAGCAGUUUGGAUUCUACCUUCACACCCAGCUCUGACCUGAGGUCAGAGGCCUCCACAACCUCUGACCCCAAGCCCUUUGCUGCACAGACAUCCACUCCCAGUGCACGAGAGCUAAGGGUGAAAAUUAACCAGGUGGCGGCUUUUGUCAACAACAGCCUGAAUCCUAAUGGGAGACUGGGAGGUGGACUUCCAAAGGAGCGCCCUGAGGGGUCCCAGAGUGGCAGCCUGCCUGGCAGGAUCAAUGGAAGGCUCCCAACAUCUGUAUCAUCUAAAGUACCCAGAGAUUGCUCGGACCUCCUGCUGAGAGGAAAAACUACAAGCGGGGUUUACCUGGUGACCCCCGACCUCCGGAGCAGAAGCUUCCCGGUGUUCUGUGACAUGGUGCUGGGUGGAGGAGGGUGGACCCUCCUGCAGAGCCGACAGGACGGCAGCGUCAGCUUCAACCGCACCUGGAUGGAGUACCAGACCGGCUUCGGAGUGCUGGAUGGAGGAGAGUUCUGGUUAGGCAACAACAUGAUCCACCUGCUCACCCGCGACAGGGACAUGAUGCUGCGGGUGGAGCUGGAGGAUUUUGAUGGAGUGACGGGAUUCGCGCAGUACGAGCUGUUCAGGGUGGCCGGUGAGCGGCUGCGCUACAGGCUGACAGUAGACGGUUACUCUGGAACAGCAGGUGAUGCUCUGCGCUUCAGCAAGAGAUACGACCACAACAACAGGGCGUUCACCACUCCGGACAGGGACCACGACCGCUAUCCGUCUGGGAACUGCGGGGCCUAUUACAGCUCCGGGUGGUGGUUUGAUGCCUGCAUGGCUGCAAACCUCAACGGGAGAUAUUAUAAUGGGAAAUAUAGAGGAGUCCGGGAUGGGAUCUUCUGGGGUACCUGGUAUAAUAUAUCAGAGGAGUACUACCCCACUAAUGAGAGACUGUCUUUUAAGUCAGUCAGGAUGAUGAUCAGACCUAAAGCCUUUAUGCAAUAAGCUGCGACUCCCUUUCAGGGCAAUAACCAAAAAUAAAACUAUAAAAUGAAUCUGUUAAUAAAUAUUUUAUUCUUAACUCACGUAUUAUUAAUUUUCAACACAAUGCUGCCCCCUUCUGGCAUUUAAAUUGGGAAAGUUGAACUGAAAGGACUGAUUAUGUAAAUAAUUUGCUUGUUUUGUGUCUUUUGUAAUAAUUUUAAAGCGGAAUUGUUGUUGAGUUUAAAAUGUGAGACAAGCUAUUUUUCUAGCUGUAUGAAGUGAAAAUCUGACGGGUUUGUGGCAACAAUUAUUUGGCGGCCAGUUGAUUUUUAAAUAUGAUUCAAUAUAAUUAUUGUUUGGAAGACAAAUAAAAACAACAUUAAAUUAA